UGUUUUUAUACAAUAAAAUAUAGUGUUCUAAUUUUAUAAUUUGUUGAUAAAAAAUGUUUCCAAUUUUGUUAUAAAAAUUUUUGUUUCAAACUUGAUCAAUCUAUAUCAAAAGCUAUUUGUAGUUAUGCCUCGUGCAAAAGUUUUUUUUUUAAUUUACAUCAAAAUUAUUAUAUAUAGAAUGCAUAUAUAAGUAUAAGUACGAUUUAGAAAUUAUGUUAAAGUUUCUUUUUUAAUUAUUAAGACGAAGGCUACGUUUGAUUGAUUAAUUGCAGCAGUAGAAAUGUCAAAUCAAACAUGGACUGUCGUCAGAUUUGUUGACGAAGAUACAGUCGAGGCAGUACCAUCUAGUUAUCAUACAAAUGGAUCAUACAAAACCGAUGUUAUUGGCCGCCGUUUAAAAAUGAUAAAAUUAUGGCCAUUAUUCGGAAACAUGAGCAACCGAAUACAUGUUGGCCUUCUUACAAAAUCAGCAUAUUUUGAAACGGCACUUUUGCCGAUUACAAAACUGCCAGGGAAAAAUGCAAAAAGUCAGAGUGCAAUUUAAAUUAUGAAAUAGAUGUACGGCGAAGGCAACCCAGUAAACGACCAUUAUCUUCUUCCGAUGGCGAGGAUGAUGGGACCCUGCCAAAACCUCCGCUUUUAAAACAAGACGAGAGCUCAAAACAAAAAAAAGAUUAAAUCUCAGUUUGACUUUUUGUCAAAUGAAAGUGAUGCAUCCAGUGUGUUACAUGAUGAGCCAGCAAACAUUUUAGACAACAGGAUUUCAAUCAAUAAUUUGAUUUGCACUUGCAAACGUUAUCCAAUUCACAAAGAGUUACAAAAUAAUAACGUGACAUAUUUUAAAGAAAUUAUACGACAACAGCAUCUCCUUAAAGCAGAAAUUUGGCAACAAAGUGACAACUUAAGAAUUAUUAAAAAUACAGUUGAGAAUCCGAAUUAUACACAUUUUAAUAAUGCAGACGAUGUCAGGAAGCAAUCUAUUUUUUAUUCCUGCAAUAUUCCUAUGGAUAAUGAAAGGCAAUUAGAGCAAAUGGAAAACUUUUUGAGAACGGAUAAAAAUUUUAAUCCAUCGAUUUUAGAAGCUUCAAAAAUUGGUGGGAACAAUGCAUACGAGUUCAUAAAACGCAAUUUGAGUCAAAUUUUCACCAAUAAACUAGCUUCUGAAUAUAGUUGGUUGGGAAAAAAAAAUAAACGUGUAUUCCGGUCAUUAAAGUUAUCACGGCUAUUAAUCGCCGCAAACGAAAUAGUCAACGCUAUGUUCACAAAAAAGGAUAUCGAAGAGACAAUGCAGAAAUGGCUCAAGAGGGCAAAAGAAAGGCUUAAUGCGGAACAAAAUAAAUUAAACGUUCAAAGGCAACAGGAAAAUGAAUAAGAUUUUUUUAAGCCUCAGUUUUAGUUCUUAUUUGGUUUACUUAAAUUAUAUAUAAUUUGUUUUUUGAGUUAAUUAUGAAUAAGAAAUAGUUUUUAACAGUUUUUGUUCUUAUUUGGUUUACUUAGUUUGUUUUUUGAGUUAAUUA